AUGCAACACGUAAUAGUCGUCAUUUUAACUGUUUGUGUACUGUUGAGAGGUAGUGAACCAAAAUGCCUCCAACCUCAGUCACAGACGUUCACACGUUGGUCGGGAAUGGCGCCAGAAAAGGCGAUCCCGGUCUUUGUAUACUCUGCCAGCGGAGAUGAGGAGUCAUUGACUGGAGCUUGCUUAGCAAGAUGUAGGGAGCUUGAAGACUGUGCUGCGGUGAUCGUGGCUUAUGGAAAAGGAAACUGUCAAGGGAUCGCUAGUUCCCUUUCGACAGAAUUCCAUUCAGAAAACGACGUGGUUUACUUCCAAAAAGUUUGUUUGAAGUUACCAGAUAAUUGCAUUAAUCGCUGGUGGUCCCUAGAAAGUACACCAGGGUAUUAUCUCAAUUCCGAAGGUCCAAAUAUUAAAAUCAUACUAAAUACGACAGUCCAAGAAUGUUACGAUGCGAUUUUCUCUACGAAUGAAAAACUUUACCGAUCUGCGCAAUGGAUUGAUCCUCAUAGCGCAUCUGAAACAUUUGUUCUAUCAGACCCAGCUAGAGGAAAUUGUGUUCUAAACGGAGAAAAUAAGUUCACGGAACCCGAGUCGUACCGCGUGUCGAACUAUUACACAAUAUAUGUAGAAAAUCAAUGCGGGCAUGAUUAUCCUAAAAAAAUAGACCGAUGCUCAUACGAAGAGUAUUACAAUCAAACAGUAAAACACGUGAACUUGACUGCGAAUAAUUAUACUAAGGAUGAGUGUAAAUCAGCAUGUGAAAAUGAGAAAAGGUUUGUGUGUCGUGGUUUCACAUGGACAGUUGCUCGCUCGCGCGGACUAUGUGAUCUUCAUAGCGAAGACCUCGUCACUACUGGUUCGUGGCUUCUGCGACGAGUCUCUGGCGCUACCUACUACCGUCGAGUGGUUUGCCUUAACAUUAGUGUUGAAUGUGAAGGUAGUCAUCUAGUCGUUACUUACAAGCCACGGGGCAUAUUCCGAGGACGCGUGUAUGUACCUGGUCGCGGGGAGAGGUGCAGUGCGAGGCCUCUUACCGUAACCGCGUCUGUUCGACUAGCUCUACCUUUGCAUGGCGAUUGUGAUGUUAACUUCGCAUAUGCUAUUAGUAAAGGACCAAAAGGAGUUGUUAACAGAACGAUGGCAUAUGUGAUGCUGAUGAUCCAGAAUAACCCAAUUAUCCAGACUGCGGGUGACCGUUGGGUGCGUGUGGGAUGUUCUCCGGGCGCCGGGGUAAGAGGGUACACUAAAGUGGACGCCACUGUUGCUGUGCAGGACAACGGGCGGCCUUCCCUGGCGAGUGAAUCGCAUGAGCAAGUGGAAGAGCACGGGGCGAGCGCUGUGUUCGGGGGCGGGUCAGCGCCUCUCACUAUGUAUGUGGUGCGCGCACAUGACGACUCCGGGACUGAUGCCGUAUCAUUAGGAGAACUACUUGAACUCAGAAUUGAAACUACAGAUGAGUCUGAAAUAGAGGCGUAUCAUUUAGUGGCUUCCUCAAGGUUGGGUGAUAGUUCCGUUUUACUAUUAGACAGCAGGGGAUGUCCCACUGGACAGGUUGAUUUUCCAUCAUUUACAAGAUCCCGUUUGGGAGGAAUGCAAAGAUUGUCAGCUCGAUUCAAAGCGUUCCGUUUUCCUACAUCACAUGUCGUGCGAUUUGCAAUAAUGGUCCGAUUCUGUGAAGAUAAAUGCCAACCGUUGAUUUGUGGUAAAAUGAAGCAACUGAGAAACAUUCGAAACACCAAUGAAACGUACGAGACGACAGAUUCAGAAUUUGCUGCGGCUGUCAAACAGGAGGUAAGGUGGGCGCCCCAAGUGGUGGCGCAGGGCGGGCGGGCGCAAUGCGCGGGCGGCGCGGGGAGGGUGCCGCUGGAACUGGAAAUGGUCGUUGGUUCGAGGGAUAUCCUGUCUGCUGAUACUUUAGUACGAGCUGAUCAUCGUUCGGCUUUACCUGAAGACGUGCAUGUGAAUGACACUCCGAUGGUGUGCGUGCACGAGCUGCUGCUGGUGGCGCUCGCGCUGGCGUGGCUCGCUGUACAGGUGCUCUUACUUCUCGGGUGUUGUGUACUCGUUAAAAGAUAUAGGAAUUUAGCAGAGAUGAGUAUGCAGAAAGAUUAUCACUCGUUUGACAACGUGGGUUUUGAAAGUAGCUCUACACACCGCCGUGUUCAUUGGCCUGACCAAAAUAUAGACAUCAUUCACGCUUCA